AAAAAGUUACUUUGCAGAUUGUGUCAGUGUCGAAAGUAAAAAUGCCUAAAAUAAAAUAUCAACUUAUUCCAACAGACGAACAAAAGUGCGUCGAAAAAAAGCCUAGGAAGUUCUUAAUGAAAGGGGCUUUCUUUUUCAUGGGGCUCUUGAUCAUAGCUUUUUAUAACUUAAGGUCUACGGGUAAUGAAAGUAAAAAUAGAACCCAAAGUCUUGUGAAAAUGAAUGAGAUAACAGAACAAGUAGGGUCCAGCCCAUUUGAAAGAGGAAUUACGAGCUUCGCAGCGAAAAUGUCAAUCAUUAAGGAGGGAAAAACUACUGGGCCUCUAGAGGCUUUCACUAAAAGUUAUUUUUCGCAGAGUUCCGACGAAUUGGGAACAAACACUUCAACUGCAAUAGAUUCCGAGCCGGAAGUAAAAUACUUUGUGAACAGCCCAAACUGUCGAAUGCCCUAUCCGAAUCCCUUCGCCCCUGACAUCCUAAAGAUCUACAAAAAGCAGGCUUAUAAAGUGUGUGAUAAGAAUCGAGACCUGAUCACAGUGAUCUUCAACGAAACGGACAGCACCUACAGGCUGCACCAGAACGAGAACUGUACCUGCUGCUUCAGGCAGAUCCUUCCACCAGGAGUUUUGGACAAGUCGGAUAACAAGUUCAAGCUGCAUUAUUGCGUGAAAUUCCCUCAGGACUUCUUAGUCCCGACUAACGUGACAGCCAUGAUCACCUACUGCCGCCGGCCGCCCUAUGAUAAAUUGUCGCAGAAAGAUGCCUUUGGCUUUGUGCAUCCUCGAGAAGAUUCCAUCGAAUACAAUGAAACAUCUUCUGGAAGAAGGCCUAGCGUUUUGCUCUGGGGCAUCGAUUCCAUGUCCCGAAUGACCCUAGAGCUGACAAUGCCACGCAUGUACGAGUAUUUAAACGCACAACACUGGUUCGAGCUUCAAGGUUACAAUAAGAUGGGCAUAAACACAUUUCCAAAUCUGAUGGCGGUGCUAACUGGUUUCAAUGAAAGCUACGCAAAGAAGCAAUGUCGUCCUGAUAAGGCUGGUGGUCUCGACGUUUGCCCUCUGAUCUGGAAGGACUUCAAGGACAAGGGAUACACAACUGCCUUCGCCGAGGACUGGUCCUUGCACUCCACUUUCAAUUGGAAAAAGGUGGGCUUUCUCCGGCCCCCGACGGAUGUCUAUGGCAGACCCCUGAUCCUUGCUGCCGAAAAGAUGAUACAGAAGGCGCAUUACUCGGAAAUUCCCUUCUGCUUGGGUCGCAAACCUGCUGCCGAGUACGUCUACGACCUGGCCGUCCAGUUUUCCAGGGUCAAUCGAAACAGUACUUUCUUCGGGUUGUUCUGGACAAACACCUUUAGCCACAAUGACUUUUCUAUGCCAUCCGCCAUGGAUGAGAAGAUGGUAAAGUACAUGCGGACGUUGGAAAAAAACGGGAUAAUGGAUAACACCAUCAUCAUAUUCUUCAGCGAUCAUGGAACCAGAAUCGGACCAUUGAGGGAAUUGGAUAUCGGUUUUGUGGAGGAACGACUGCCCUUUAUGUACAUCCAUCUACCUGCUUGGAUUCGUGAGAAGUAUCCAAAAUUUGUGCAAAACCUUCAGUUGAACAGAAAUCGUCUCACAUCCCCAUAUGAUAUCUAUGCCACACUAAGGCACAUCUUGGAGUUGGACACUUCCCCCGAGGAACUUCAUCGUCCAGAGGGAUGUCCCACAUGCCACAGCGUUUUCCAGGAGAUAGACUGGUCCAGGAACUGCCACAAAGCAGGGAUCCAGAGGUACUGGUGCGCUUGUAUCAGGUUCACCGAUGUGUCUAAAACGGAUCACUUGGUCAAGACAAUGGCAAAUCAGCUAGUCGAUGAAAUCAAUGAGUUUUUGAUGAACUCGGGGGAAGCAGAACGGUGUCGCCAACUAAGACUAGAUCGAAUAUCUUCAGUUCGUCGAGAUGGUACCUCGAAUAUUUAUGAAAUCAAGAUUUAUGUCCUGCCUAGAAUCGCGUGCUUUUUGGCCGAGGUAGAAUGGAAUCCCAAGGAUCAAAGUAUCGCAAUCUGGGUGCCAAGCAUUAGCCGGGUAGAUAUUUAUGCCAAUUCGACAGCCUGCACGAAAGUUAAAGCGGUCGAAAAGUUUUGCAUCUGUUGAGCUGUAUGUCUAUAUAUCCAUGAUUUUACUGAGGUUACGCAUAAAUU